UUCCCUUAAUGAGCAACUUCAGAGUGAGCAGGUGUUUCAGACCCUUUGAUGAUGUGAACGAGUACCAACUGCAUCAUUUCUGUGAUGCAUCUGAGUCGGCGUACGGUGUAGUGUCUUACCUGCGCAUGACCAGUGAAGGAGGACAAGUCCAUUGCAACAUAAUUCUGGCUAAAGCAAAAUUAGCACCUCUGAAGAAGAUGACAAUACCUCGCUUAGAGCUCAUGGCGGCAGCACUUGCAGUCACAAUGGAUAGAAAGAUCAGAAAGGAGCUGGACUUUCCCUUGAAUGAGUCUGUCUUUUGGACAGAUAGCACAAUAGUCCUCCAUUACAUCCGCAGUGACAACAAGCGCUUUCGGACAUUUGUGGCUAACAGGAUAUCUACCAUCCGUGAUGCCUCGGAGCCCAGGCAGUGGAGAUAUGUCAACACAGAAAAGAAUCCAGCUGAUGAUGUAUCAAGAGGUCUAACGCCAGACAAGCUCAAUGGCAGAUGGCUCAAGGGACCAUCCUUCCUAUGUGCUGAUGAGAUGGAAUGGCCUAUCGCUCCAGCUGAUCUGCAAGUGCCACCAAGUGAUCCAGAAAUCAAACCACCUACAGAAAAUGCCAGUGCAUUCACAACUCAGUCAGAGGAGAAGUCAUUGGAAAGGCUUAUCAACACAUAUUCCUCCUGGUAUAAGCUGAGGAGGGGAGUGAGCUGGCUAUUGAAGUUCAUGCAGUGGUUGAAACUCAAAGGAAAAACCCAGACAGAGCAAGAGCUGAGGGACUUCAAAAGGAUCAGUUAUGACGACAUGCAGAAAGCAGAGAAGAGAAUUUUGCAUUACGUGCAAAAAUGUUUCUUCCAGAAGGAGAUUGAAUCAUUGACCGAUUCAGAUGGUAAAGUGACAAAGACAAGUCAACUCUACAAGCUGGACCCUAAGAUAGUCGAGGGUCUUGUUAGAGUUGGAGGAAGAUUAGAGAGAUCAGCUCUACCAUUAGAAGCUAAACACCCAGUCGUCUUACCCAAGGGAAGUCACGUGUCAGAUCUGAUCUUGAGAGAUGUUCAUGUAAAGGCAGGGCAUAGUGGAAGAAAUUAUGUCCUUUCUGUGCUCCGUGAGAAGUAUUGGAUGCUUGGAGCAGGAGCAGCUAUCAGGAGCAUGAUUAGCAGAUGUGUCAUGUGCAGGCGGCAAAGAGGGAAGAUGAUGAGUCAGAAGAUGGCUGACCUGACUGAGAAUAGACUGUUACCUGACGAGCCUCCAUUUUCCAAGGUUGGCAUUGACUAUUUCGGCCCCUUUGAGGUUAAAAGGGGUCGCAGCAUGGAGAAGAGAUAUGGAGUCAUGUUUACAUGUCUUACCACACGCGCCAUUCAUUUGGAAGUCGCUCAUUCUCUGGAUACGGACUCUUGUAUCAGUGCCAUUCGUCGUUUCAUCGCUCGCAGGGGCAAUAUCAAGGAGAUGCUCUCAGAUAAUGGCACUAAUCUUGUGGGCGCUGAGAGAGAGCUGAAAAGAGAAAUAGAUGGAUGGAACAAAGCUCAAAUCAGCGCAGACCUGCUCCAGAAAGGCAUCAAAUGGACUUUCAACCCACCCACUGCUUCCCAUUUUGGAGGAGUCUGGGAAAGGCAGAUUGGGACUGUGAGAAAGCUCAUACUGGCAGUAACUAAGCAACAGGUGCUCUCAGGUGAAAGUCUGACAACUCUCUUCUGCGAAAUUGAGAGCAUCGUCAACAACAGGCCUCUAACAAGUGUAUCAGAUGAUGUCAAUGAUCUUGAGGCCUUGACUCCCAAUCACCUACUUCUGCUGAACAGGAAGCCGCAACUGCCACCAACAGUGACAGACAGAUCAGAUGUAUACUCGAGAAGGAGGUGGCGUCAAAUACAGUAUCUCGCCGACGUAUUCUGGAGGCGCUGGUCUAGAGAGUACUUACCGCAGUUGCAAAGAAGAGAAAGAUGGGUACCAUCGCAUCGCAAUCUUCAGAUUGGUGACUUGGUGCUGGUUGCCGAUGCAAACACUCCGCGGAACUCGUGGCUGCUGGGAAGAGUACUUCAAACUUUCCCAGACAAGAAAGGCUUCACCCGUAGUGCAAACAUCAAGACGAAGAAUAGCGUAAUUGUUCGUCCUAUCUCGAAAUUGUGCCUGAUUUUGGAAGGAGAUUGUUAAUUGCCCUCAUUUGGAAUUCAUGGAUCAUGUGAUGUUUAAUCAUAUGAUAAGAAGGAGAAAUUUGAGAUAUAUAAAUUUUGUGAUCAAGGAAAAUUUUGUGUUUCAGAGGAUUUCUUCGCAGAGAUAUGAUCAUAUGGAGAUCGUUGUGUCAGUGAUUUAUGAUUGGAAAUCAGAAGGAUCCAAUUAGCGCAGAAAUGUUAUAAUCAUGAAAUGUGUUGUCAUGAUAUCGCCAACAUUUAUUUUACAUGAAAGUGUCAAAAUGUGACAAUUUGUAUUCAACGCGAGGAUAGAUUUUUGUUGAGUUAUGAAUCGUCUAGUGAUCUGGAACUCUCCGACGAUUCAGAUUUAGUCGCCAUAGCAACUCAACAGUAACUGAUAACUGAGAAUUGAGAAACUGAACGGCUUACAAGAAGAAGACAUAAACUGAUACAUUUAUAGAAAAAUGACUGUUUGCAAUUCAAAGACUCAUGAACUAAUAAACAUUACUGUAUUACACUUGAAAUUAUGGAGUAAUUUGCAAAUUUUCACACGAUUUGUUAUUUUUCCAGUGUAAAAUGUAAACAUGGCAUUUAGCAGCAUUUAAGUUGCAGUAAAUGUGCAGUUGUAGCUUCAGUGAUUAUCAGAUUACUGUAUAUACAAUUAUGUAAAUGUAUUGCUUCAUUUAACAUUCUGGUUUAAGAUGGAAUCUAUUCCAGAAUUGGUUUGCAUAUCAUUUUCUUGGUAGUAUAGUGGUAAAGUUGUAAAAGAUUAUUUCAUAUUCUGACACAGAAAAUGUGAGUUGUGUGUAGAAAGGUUCUACUAGUUGUCAUGUUGAUUAAUGCAAUAUAUGCAAAUUUUAUUUGAAAGUAUGCCUGAUUAUCAGGAAUUAAGCAUAUUUGGAAAUUUAUCAUUCCUCAUGUCAAGGCACAUGCAGUAUACAUGUAGUUUGCCUUUUAGUACAGUGUUACAAAUACAAAGGGUAUUAAAAUAGGAAAGGUCAAGAGUUCAGCUCUUCAUGUGAAGCUCGAGUAGAAAGUUACUUACAAACAUAAAAUGUGUGUUUACGGUACAGUCAAGUUGUUGGUUGUAUGUUUAACUUGACACUUCUCUUUCAGAUCUCCCAUCGUCUGAGUCAGUAGGAGGAUUUAGUUUUGGAUUAAAACAUUUUUAGUGUCAUUCCUGGUGUCGGGAAUUAUAGUGAGGAAGCAGCGUGGUUGCUUACAGUUAUCUUUGGAGUCGUCGAUGUUUACCAAAAUGAUUCUAAAUUCUGACAAGGAAUGUUGGGAGUUCUGAUAGGGUUGUCAUGGUGAUGUUGAGAAGGAUAUUUGCUUUAUGUAGUGCAUUUGAUAUACACUUGGGGCAUUUUAUGCAAAAUGUCAAAGCUUUUGAAAUUACUUAGUAGUUUGCUGAAAAGAAACUCUUCAGAUAUUUUAUGUUGAUAUUAAUGGUCAAGAUCAUUGAAUAGGUUAAGGGUGAUUAGUUAUUUAAAGGUGUGAAGAAAAAAAAGGUCACUUGAACAGUAUAAGAAGUUGAAGAAUUUAAAGGAACAAUGAUUUAUUGCGAGUAGCAAUUGUGGAUAGACUUAAUUUUGAAAUGUUUCAAAUGAACAAAGUAUUGUUAAAUGUUCAGAAAGGCUUCUCAUUUAAGAGGGCCGGAAUGUGGAGUACAGGAUGACGUUUUGCUUGAAGCCGAUGCUUGUGAUGUCACAGGCGUCGCUUUGUAGAAAAGUGUAUGGAUUAGGUCGCUUGAGGGCGUACUGGAUUUUGUGUGUUACUGAUUUUCCACGUCAUGGGAUAGUUGCCUCCCAGAGUUGCCUAAGUUUUCGUUUAAUUUUGUGAUACAAGCCCAAUGAUAUUGAACCUUGCCUGCUACAGUCUAUAACCAAA